AUGCCCCCUCCUGGUAGGAAGCAGGGUGGGAAGGGGCGCAACAAGAGCGGUGGUAUUGGCUCGGCCGUCCUGCACCAAUGCCUUCGGAAACAGGCGGAAAAAGUGCAAAGUCACCAUGCUUUCGUUCAGUCUUUGAAGGAGGAGGGGGAAAGGGGGAGAGCGGUGCUCGCAUCUGCACCCGCUGGGGUUGCCCUUGGAGUCUCUAUUUCCCGUCACAGGACUUUGGAGUUCCUUUCAGGUGCACUGUCUGCGGCAAAUCCGGCCAAAGGGAGCUUCCAGUCGAAGCACUCAGAGCAGCAUUUGCGUUCUAUCAUAGAACGCAGCGGAUUGGACGAGUACAUCAGCACGUCUCUUGCAGCGCAGGACACUUUUACAGUCGACAGAUACGCGGCGCGCCUUCUGCAGGAGCCAACAGCUCCUGUCGUACUUGCUAAAAGCUCGACUAAAGGCAGCGGAAACAGAGCAGACUGUAUCAUUGAGGGGACCGAAGUACCAAUCCCACGGCGGCCGGUUUUGUUUUCACGGAGAAUGGCCGAAGAAUGCAGAGGGGCAGACAGCAAAGACCAUGCGACAGGAGGCAUGAGCCAGGCAACGAGGAAUCGGAGGCGAAGAAACAGGGCAAGAGUUAACUUGCUCUUAGCGGGUAAGGUGGAAGAAGCCACAAUUCACAACGUUGAGUUCGUGCGACAGCAACGGGACGAACUUCACCGUCGGUAUCAGAAGCCGAAGGUGAUGAAGUCCAACAAACGACCGAGUCGGCUGGCGAUCUCUGCAACUGAGGCCGCACUGAAACUUGAAGCUGAGGAUAUUACGAGCACUGACUCAGAGGACCAGUGGGAAGCUGCUGACUCCGCAGGGACUGUCAGUGAAGGCGCGAGGCACGAGCUGGAGGAAUCCAUCGAAUCGGAAACCGAUGGAAGUGGAGACGAUGCAAUCAGCGCUUCGCAUUCUUCCUUAAGCAGCUCUGCGAUAUCUGAAGGUGAAGAAACUGCUGCACCUGAUUCCUCUGCUGAUCCAGCCGCCCCUCGAUUCCCGAGAACUGCUGCAGAGUUGGAUGAAGUCGAACUGGACGGGUUUCUGCAGUGGAGGCGAAAGCUAGCGAAUAUGGAAGACGAAGGCGUCGUCUUAACUCCCUAUGAAAAGAACAUCGAAGUCUGGAGGCAGUUGUGGCGUGUAAUUGAACGGUCUGAUUUGGUCCUGCAAAUUGUUGACGGGAGAUCUCCGAUGUUCUUCCGUUGCAUAGACCUCGAAAAAUAUGUCAAAGAGGUCUCUGCUAACAAACGAGUUAUUUUGGUCAUUAACAAGUCGGAUCUUUUGCCGCCAGCGGUUCGGGAAGAAUGGUCGCAGUAUUUUCUAGAAAAUGGGGUGGAAGCGGUCUUCUUUUCGGCACUUCGUGAACUGGAGCAAUGCGAACGAACGGCCCAGGGGCAGCUUCAAGGCAGCACGCACAGCGAUGAAGGGGCGGAAGAACAGCUGAAGAGGGAAGACGCCGAUGUACUGCAAGAGACUGAUGAAACGACACCGAAGCUGAAGUCGGCGUCUCACGCUCCACCGGGGGAGACAGCAGUAGAUGUCCAUAAGGAUGUGAUUAGCUGCGAUUUGCUGGUGAAGCUUCUACAAAAGUAUCGGGAUGAGUUCUUCUCGAAACGGCACGCAGAUGGAGAUGUGGAAUCUUCAGAGGAUUUCGUAGUUGGGACAGUUGGCUACCCUAAUGUGGGCAAAAGCUCUUUGAUAAACGCACUGUUGAACAUGAAGAAAGUUUCCGUCUCGCAACAACCUGGCAAAACCCGCAGACUACAGACGAUCCCCCUGAAGGGUAGAGGCAUCGUUCUUUGUGAUUGUCCAGGCCUCGUUUUUCCAAAGGCAGUGGCAUCUAAGCACAUCCUGGUGUUGAAUGGAGUUGUUCCAGUCGACGAGAUGCGUGGGAAUUACCUCCCGUCUGUGCAGCUGAUAUGCGACGCGAUUCCGUACACUUUAAUUCAGCAUUACGGAAUAACCGCCGACGCCUAUCGAGCUGCAUACAAAGCUUCUCAGUACGGCGGGGAAAGUGGGGGCGGGCGAAAAACGAAUGGCCCUGCAAAGCCAUUUGAGCGUAUCGAGGCUUUGCAUGUGCUGGGAGCAGUAGCCAGUCAUCGUCACUUUGUUUCUGGAGGUAAGGGAGGGCAGUUGGAUAUGUACCGCGCGGCGAAGCUGAUUUUGAGAGACUUCACGACAGGCCGACUCCGGAGGUGUCAUUUGCCCAAGGGGGAUGUUUUUGGCGAGGACGAAGAAACUGCCAAUAUUGAACAUUUUCUAUCAGCAGUCCGAAGCUCUGUAGAAACGCGAAUCGCAGAAGCAGACACUUCAAAGGUAGCCAUGCCAUGUUCAGCUGGACUAGGUGGCGUUGAGAGUAAAGCCGGCAACUGCGAAAGCGAGCGCAACCAAAUGGACCCCAUUGAUGUAUUGCGUGAGCUCGAACAAGACGCAGAUCUGCUGGAGGUACUUGAAGGCGGAGGGGAUUCUCAGGCCGCUGGAGGCAAUGCUCCAUGUAUACUGACCAAGCGUAAGGCACGUCAACUACAGAAACAGAUGCUGAAGGGAAAGGGAAGAAGUACCCUGGGAGGGCUUCCCCGCCGUCUCUGA